AGGAUACGGCCCGCGGUCAAUAGUUGAAUAGUGUCGCUGCGCUGUAGCCAGUGGUAAUUGUAUUGAUUAGUGAAAUUAUUCUAUAACUUCCGUAUCUCUCAGCCCACCAGAGCUUCCGUGUUCCAGUCUACCCUUGCUGGAUUUUUUACUUUGUGUUUUUUUACAAUGCGGGCAAUUCCGGAGGAGUUAACGACGCUUAUUUCAGAUCUUGAAGAUUUCCUCUCCGAUGGUCUGAAAGGAGAGAAUUUGAGCAAGAAGGCGAAGGAGAAAAGAGAAGCAUUUGUAAAGCGGAUCAAAGAGGUCAAAUCUGGAUACCCUCAAGAUUUCAACGAGAAACGAGAUGCAGAGGACUCAGAAGAGGAAGAAGAGGUGGACAGCAACAAUGAUGGAGGGUCAGAACGCACAGAUAAGGAUGAUGAGACCUGUGAAGGUGCUCAGCAGUCUCCAGCUGUGGCAGCUCAGGACCUCCAGUCUGUGUUCAAGGCCGGACACCUGGAGAAACGCAGGAAGGAUCACAGCUUCUUUGGCACAGAGUGGCAGAAGAGAUGGUGCGCUUUGAGCAGCCACAUAUUCUACUACUACGGCAGUGAGAAAGACAAGCAGCAGAAGGGCGAGUUUGCGAUUGAUGGCUACAGUGUCAAGAUGAAUAACACCCUGCGAAAAGAUUCCAAGAAAGAUUGCUGCUUUGAAAUUUCUGCCUCUGACAAGCGAGUAUAUCAUUUCUGUGCGUCAUCUCAGAAAGAGGCAGAGGAAUGGGUGGAGCAGAUAGAUUUUGUUUUGAGAGACAUGUUAGGGGUCAUUCCUUUGGACGAGGAGACGUACGAUGACAUUGGCCCUGUCGAGGCGGAGCCUAUUGACGAUGACAUCUACGAAGAACUCCCAGAGGAGGACAUUUCUGCUCCUCCAAAGCCCAGCCCUCCAAAGCCCAAGGUGGAACCACCCACGCCACACAGCAAACCCAGCCCACCCACUAAAGCUACAGUGAAUAAGAUCACAGACUACCAGAACUACUACCAGGGUAUAUGGGACUGUACAGGAGAUCAACCAGAUGAACUGUCCUUCAGACGGGGAGACGCCAUCUACAUCCUCAGCAAGGAGUACCAGAGCUAUGGUUGGUGGAUCGGGGAGAUGAAGGGUUCUGUUGGCAUCGUGCCUAAAGAAUACCUCAUGGAGCUGUAUGCCAUUUAAAGGCCCACCUGAGCAGGGCAUCUAAAUCCCAUCUUCCAUGUGUGAUGCAUAGAGACUGACCAUAUCUGAAGGGGAUGUUAAACUAAGCAGCAAAGCCAACUGUCUGUAGCAAAAUGAAAAAUAAUGGAUGCAUGUCAUGUCCAUCUUGAUCUUACAAAGUGCUUUAAGGAGUUUUGUCAGCAGGUAUUUGAGUUCAGUAAACUGCUUUUGUUUCUAAGUUAUCGCCACGUUUCCCCUUUUGAUACAUGGUCUGUCCAGUGUCUUUGUAUUGUGAACUGUCUACAAAGAAUCGCUUAUGGAGUCUUUGGUUGAGAAAUAUGUGUAUAUUAGUGGUCAGGCAUAUUGAAUAAAUACUUCCUACUGCU